AUGUCGAUUAAAAUUGAGAAUAUCGGUAUUGUAGAAUUGGAAAAUGACGUCACAGCUACUGGCAAAAGUGGUGCUGACGUAGUAACUGGCAGUAGGGAUGGGCGAAAUAAUCGGGAGAAAUCGAUUGAUAUCGUAAUCGAGAGAGAUGCGCUGAGCGAAUCCGAGUUGGAAAUUCGCGAAAAGUUUGAAAGACGCGACGAGGGUGACGACGGUGCUGAUAAUAGUCGUGGUUGCCGGUGUUUUAAAAGUAAACUUUGCCAAAAACGUUGUAAGUUCAGUAAAAGUUGUCUGUGGAGGCAUUUUGUCAGUAGUUUUCCUGUGAUCGGCAAUAUGAGAGGUUACAAGUGGAGACAGUGGUUACUGAAUGACGUGAUGGCAGGUGUGAGUGUGGGCUUCAUUCAUCUGCCCCAGGGGCUAGCUUUCUCCCUAUUGGCUGGUGUGCCAGCGGUUUUAGGGCUGUACUCGUCGAUAAUACCGGCUUGGCUUUAUUUCAUAUUCGGUACGUCACAACACAACUCGGUCGGUACAAUGGCAGUCAUGGCCCUGAUGGUCGGCUCGUACGUAAACAAAUUCGAGUAUGACGUCACUGGUGAUGUCACGAGUCGUUUAGAUAUGAGUAAUUUUAGUAACCGUUCAUCAGAUGGCGUAUGGGCUAAUGAUACGAUAUCAAAAAUUCAUAGCGAGAUCAUUGGUGGAGUAAGAAGUGAGAUUAACGCCAGCAAAAACAACACAAACAACAUCGGCAACAUAAACAACAGUCUUAUAUACAUCAACAACAACAACGACAGUACCAGUAACGACGACAACAACAACAACAUCAUCAUCAUCGCCAACAACAACAACAACAACAUUAGCAACAGCGUAGAAAACGAGCAACGAAUGAACGCCGCAACCUUGAUAACACUGACGGUCGGCUGCUUACAGCUGCUGAUGUGGAUGGGUCGGUUGGGGGUCAUGUCAUCCUACAUGUCAAGGCCUUUUGUCAAGAGUUUCAUCGCAGGAGCUGCCGUUCAUAUCAUUAUUAAUCAGCUACCAUUGCAGUUCGGCUAUCCGGUAAAGAGAACAUCCGGUUCUUUCCAGCUACCGAUCAACUUCUAUCGAAUACUAUCGAGUAUUACCGAAACUAAUGUAGCAUCUUUGCUGACUUCAAUCAUUUGCAUGAGUUUCCUACUGUCGCUGAAAUUUUUUUGCACUCGGAAGGUGGCGAAUAAGCUGAAGUUUCCAAUUCCUGGAGAGUUGAUAGUUGUGCUAGUUGGGACGAUGGUGUCUUACUUGGCAGCCUUCGAGGCCAGGUUCCACCUUAAGAUAAUCGGAGCAAUACCCGGAGGAUUACCGAAGCCACACCUGCCAUCUCUCUCUCUCCUGCCAUCUACUGAGCUGGAAAAAACUACAACCCUGAUUUUAAUAGCUGAUUUAGUUAGGCAAGCCAUCCCGAUAGCAAUCGUUUGCUACGCUCUCAACAUAACGAUGGCCAAGUUGAUGUCGGAUAAACACGACUAUCCGGUCGAUCCCAACCAGGAAAUACUCGCCAUCGGUAUUGUCAAUACUGUUUCUCCGUUUUUCGGAUGUUUUGUGUCAUCUCAGGCACCUCCACGUACACUGGUCAUCGACUCAAGUGAAGGAAAAAGCUCACUAGCUAGUUUGAUAUCGACUCUCAUUCCGGUACUCGUCAUAUCCGGAACCGGAUUUCUAUUCACGACGUUACCGAUCUGCGUGCUGGGAAGUGUGGUCAGCGCAUCCCUGAUGCCGUUAUUGGUGACAGAAUGUAUCGAGUUUUCCGGUUUAUGGCGCGUUUGUAGAAGAGACUACGUGGUGUGGGUGUUCUGUUUCGUCAGUACCGUUCUUUUAAACGUUGACAUCGGUCUAAUUGUCGGUAUUAUCGGUAGUGGUUUUGCAAUUUUACUCGAAACUAGACACGGGAGGUUGAUGUCGAUGAGGAAUGUUGCAAACACCGAACUAUUCGUUGAGGAUGUUCACUAUGGGAGCAGUUCUUUCGGUACUACCAGCAGCAGAUGUAACAACCUGAAAAACAAAGAUGAAACUAACAAAAGCACAAAUAACCAAAACGAAAAAAAACAAAACAACAAACUGGACAACAAUGACGACAACAAAAAGAUUGAUUUGCAGCACGGCAGACAGCAGUCCGAUGGCCAUCUCUCGACCAAAAACAUCGCCGUGUUUCGUUCUCACGGAUCGAUCAUUUUCUCCAAUGCCGACUUAUUCAAAGAGCAAUUGCUAAAAUCAAUACAGGUAAGGUUCUCAGUGGAACCAAACAAUUCAACAAAACGAGGAACUUCAAACCAAUCUCGCAAACUACUAACGACCACAACAACCACAACCACACAACCACCAUCGUCAUCAUCAUUGUCGUCCUCUUCGUCAUCCUUACCACCAACGUUCGCAGACACUCGCAGCCGGAAGUUCGCCAUCUUGGAUUUUUCCAGAGUAUCUGACAUAGAUACUACGGGACUGAACGUGAUGAAAGAUUGCUUCAAAAAGGUCAAUUCUAUGGGUGUUGACCUUUGCUUGUGUUGCUGCAGUGGAAAGGUCAAACGGAAAUUGAAAGCCGGUGGUCUGUUUUCCGGUCAGGACCCUAGCCAGCUACUGAUUUGCCCGUCCCUUAUUGACGCCAUGGUGAAGGCGAGUAAGAAGCUAAGAGAUGAGGAUGAAGACGAAGAUGAGGUCUUUAAAAAGUGA